AUGGAAACCAACAAGGCUGCCACUCCUCGGCCGUGCAACAUACAACUGGCCAUGGGAUUAACCAACGAGGAUUUCGCCAGGCAUGCGGCCAUGGCCUUUUUCCCACAACAUAAUAGCCCCACAACCACAUGCUCGGCUUCCUACGCUGUGGAUGACUGCGGCAUAACAUCACCAAUUACCAAGGCCGAGCUCAUCGCUGGAAUCGAGGCAACUAAGAAGAAAUCCGCCCCGGGACAUGAUGGUAUCACUUAUGAAGUGUUCAAGAAUCUUGAGGGGCCGGCGGUGGACAACCUCUUAGGGGUCCUAAAUGAAGACGGCCUACAUCGACUGGCCCAAGACAUCACAAAGGUGCCGGGACGCAUCCAAUGGAUCCGCAGCAUUGUGGCAACCGACAUCUCGAAGGCGUGCGAUAAUAUUCAUCAUGCCGCCAUCUUAGAUGCUAUGGUCAACUUACAGUUCCCACAUGGGAUUAUAAGGGCCAUCCACAACUUCUUGACCAACCGCACCUUCUCGGUGCGAGUGGCAGGGGAAAAUUCUGUUCCCUUUACCGCUAACUGUGGGGUGCCCCAAGGCUCUACCCUCGCGCCCAUUCUCUUUAAUAUUGCAUUCAUCCAACUCGCAUGGAAAUUGGCACAACACAAACACCUCACGUUCCUAAUCUACGCUGACGAUGUGACGCUCUGGGCCACCCAUCUGGACCACACUCAACAUCAAGAUAUACUUCAACGAGGGCUGAACACCCAAGCCAUUGGCCUGGAAUUGUCCCCAUCUAAAUCUUGCUACAUGCGCGUCUGCAAUAAUGCUGCCCGCAAGAAGCUAAGAACAGACGACCUCGAUCUGAAGGUGGCUCAACAAACACUCCCCAAAGUUGAAACUACGAGAAUUCUCGGCCUCCAAAUCCACAAGACCGGCAGUACCAAAGAGUGGCCCUUAUCCAUAAAGAAAUCAGCCCACUCUAUGCUCCACCUUAUCAACCGCAUCUCCCAGAGACGUGGAGGUGCUUGUUCUGCGAUUGCCACGUGCCUCGUGAAGGCCAUUUUACAGCCUAGGAUAAUCUACCAAGCACAAUUUCAGGACCUGACAGAGACGCAAUGGAACUCGCUGGAUACUGUCAACCGGGCAGCGAUGCGCAGCAUUACCGGCCUCCCGAUGCAUACGCCUAAUAAGCUGUUACAGGAGCAUGCUCACCUGAAUACACUACGACAAUUAUGUGAUCAACGCACACAAGCCCGGGUUGCCAAACAUCAACUGUACGCUUCAGAAUGUCACAAGGAAACGUCAUACAUUGAGAAGAUACAGCAGCUUCCCCCCUGGAGUUUCUCCUGCCGUACCACCAAUAAGACCUCCCGCCGUAAAACACGUCAAAAUCCCAAGGCCCAUAAUCCAAACCCUUCUUCUCCGGUUCACUGUAUCCUGUACACGGACGCUGCAUGCACGCAAAACGGAGGAGCUACUGGAUUCGUCAGUCGCACUCAUCCCCACCUUGACGACCAGAAGAAGUUUGCUACAUCGGACGCAUCUCCUUUGCUGCUUGAGCUACAAGCCAUCUAUGAAGCCCUUCUCGCAGCCUCCAAAGAUCACUCCAUUGAUCAAGUGACCAUCUUCACUGCCUCCGCUCAGGCCAUUAGACACCUGAAACAGACCAAACAAGCCAUGAACAUUGUUCAAAAGAUCCAUCGUUUACGACACCAUUUCGCGGGAAUGGUCGUCAUCGACUGGGUGCAGGGCCACGGCCCUGCAGUGUGCAACAUAGCGGCUCAUGAGGCGGCCAAACGGGCAGCCCAAUCAGAGGACCUGCAGAGCCACACCCUCCCCAUGGACAUCGUGGCGACACUUCUGGCCACUAAGACCAGGAUCCGGGCAAGCACGCGAGCUCUCAUACCACCGUGCACCGCCCGGGUUCCCAAGGGGAACGAACCCCAAGUUGUGGUAUCUCAGGUAUGUCCCAGCAAGAGUUCUUUCAUUCAGGUACAUUAUAACAAUUCAUCGAAGGUGUCGUCGUCAACGUGGUUUCGUAUUUUAAAUCUCGGGGUCGCAACACCCGCCCUCCAACCGUUCUCGUUGGGCGAGGUCGAGGAAGCCCUCAGAGUGGCAGUGCAACAAUUUUACCACUGA